AGCUAAAACCAUGCUGCUCUCCGUCAAAACGUCGACUGGAAAAACCAUCACAGUGGAGGCGCCGAAAAAUGUGAAAACUGAAGUUCGCGACAAACAGGGAGUCGUUUUCACAGUCUCUUACGGAGAAGUAACCGGAGAUCCAAUCACUGUUGAAGCAUCGGACGCCAUCAAGGAUCUUAAUUUCAAGGUUGCCGAGGCUCAGCGAAAACCGCAUCGUGAAGGAAUGCGAAUUUACGUUAAAACUUGUGAAAAAACGAUCACUCUUGACACUGCUGCCUCCGAUACCAUUGCAAGUGUUAAGGCUAAAAUCUAGGAAAAACGAGGUUUUCCAUCAAAUCUGCAGAAACUAUAUUUGGUUUUUACAGAACCUUCCAACAUUGUUUUGUGCAAGGAUCAACGUACUAUUUCUGACUACAACAUCAAAAACGGCAGUACUCUCCGUUUGGAAGUUCCUGUAAAAGAAAAACUGACGGUUUCUGUGAAAACCUUAUUCGGAAAGACGAUUCCUAUUUCAAUCAAGAAUACGGAUACUGUUGAGACAUUGAAGUUCAAGGUUCAGAAUAAACACGGUGUUCCACCAGAUCAGCAGCGUCUCAUUUUCGGUCGGGCACAGCUCGAGAAUGACCGUGCUCUGUUCGCCUAUAACAUUCGUGAUGAGGAUAUUAUCCAUUUAGUCUCCAGACAUCGGUUGUGAAGUUCUCAAUUUGAUUGCUCUUAAUCUGUUGUUUUGUUACUUUUUUGUUUUUUAUUGUUGAUAAAUGUUGAAGGUUU